AUACAAACAAAAUAAUGAAAUCAAACCUUAACCACUCCCUCAAAAUGAAAUGUGAUCUUGAUUGUACGCCUCUUCGCGCUGGGUUUGCACCAUUGAAGUCUACUGUGGAGAAAACAAGACUGGAAGAAUCCUGUCCCUUGAAUUAUGAGGAAGACUUUUGUAAAAGCUGUGCUGAAGAACAUCAGAAGAUACUCCUUAGUGACUCAUACCAUGCGGCCACCAGAAAUCUAGAUCUUGAAGAUGAAGGAAGACCUGUACACAACAAAGAAAACAAACAAGUAACCCAUAGGCUUGAUGAAGGUAUCUAUGAAAUGGAGGCACUGGAAAACAGUAAAUUUAAUGAGGACAGUGGUUAUUCCUCUAUGUUAAGUAAUCAAUAUACUGAUGCAAUAGAACAUGAGGAUAGUAUACCUUUGGCUGGGAAUCUCUGUGGCACACCAAAGCAUUGUCUCAUGAAGAACCAAAACCAAGCACAGUUUUCAAAGAAGACUUUGUUGCCAGUAAUCCAUUAUGAAGAAAUGAUUUGCUCAACUUUGAAAAAAAGUGGUAAAAGAAAUCUCAAGUCUUGGGCUGCAGUAGACAGAAUUCUUUUUAGAGGAAAGGUUGAACUUUGUAACCUAAUUGGAAAGAAAAUGGGAUUAGAUAGAAUAGACAUUCUUGCUGAACUCUUCCAAAAGAACCUGAAGCAUAUAUUAGCAAACAUCUUAAGGCAUCUUGAUGAGAUGGAUUUAAUAAAUUUUGCUAAAGUCAGCACAACAUGGCAGAAGAUUCUACAAGAAGAUAAAUGGAUUUUCCAAAUGUAUAGUAAAGCUGUGAAAAACCUUUCUAAUGGCACUAAGGCACCAGAACAUGCUGCAACAAGGGAGUAUGUUCUCUACCGAGCGGCUUUAGCUUCCAUUCAAAAAGCAAUCCCACCAAAAAACUUGAGUAAAAAAGGCGCCAAAUCCAAAGCAUCUAAGAGUCACAGCAGGCUCAUGGAGUUUUCUGAGGCUGCCAAGACCUUGAGAAACACUGAAAGCCUUAAAGUCUGCCAUCGCUGUGGCUCACCUGCAAAGUAUGACUCCUAUCUACAAAGAGCAAUGUGCAAUCGUGAAAGUUGUGGCUUUGACUUUUGCACAAAGUGCAUGUGCAGCUACCACAGUUCCAGUGACUGUAUGAGCGGCAAACCAGUGAAACCCAACUCUAAGCUGGGGCCGGUUCCUGGGACUAAGAAAAGCAAACAGAAUCUACGGCGAUUGUGAUCCAUCCAUCCCAACACAAAUUGUUAGAUGUCCAUAAUAAGAGGGUUUUUUUAGGAUACGGAGUUAUCGACAAAGAAAAUUAAACAAGAAAAUGCUUUCUGCUAUU